ACUACAGACAGUGACGGCGCGCUUUACGACAGUCGCUUUGUGGCAGCCUUAGGGGAGGAAGAUGGCGGCCGCCAUGGCUGUUCGCGGAGCGGGCGCUGCACCGGCUUUCGGGCCGGAGGCUCUCGCCCCGGACUGGGAAAACCGGGAAGUGUCCACAGGGACCACGAUCAUGGCUGUGCAGUUCGACGGGGGCGUGGUUCUAGGAGCAGAUUCCAGAACAACCACUGGGUCCUACAUCGCCAAUCGAGUGACCGACAAGCUGACCCCCAUCCACGACCACAUCUUCUGCUGCCGCUCAGGCUCAGCAGCUGACACCCAGGCCGUGGCCGACGCUGUCACUUACCAGCUGGGUUUCCACAGUAUUGAGCUGAAUGAGCCCCCGCUGGUACACACAGCUGCCAGUCUCUUCAAGGAGAUGUGUUACCGCUACAGAGAAGACCUUAUGGCAGGAAUCAUCAUUGCAGGCUGGGACCCACAAGAAGGAGGGCAGGUGUACUCCGUCCCCAUGGGGGGUAUGAUGGUGAGGCAGUCUUUUGCCAUCGGAGGCUCCGGGAGCUCCUACAUCUAUGGCUAUGUUGAUGCUACCUACCGGGAAGGCAUGACCAAGGACGAGUGUCUGCAGUUCACCGCCAAUGCUCUCGCUUUGGCUAUGGAACGGGACGGCUCCAGUGGAGGGGUGAUCCGCCUGGCAGCCAUUCAGGAAUCGGGGGUAGAGCGGCAGGUACUUUUGGGAGACCAGAUACCCAAAUUCACCAUUGCCACUUUACCGCCUCCCUAAAUCCUAGUAUUCUGGGGUGUAAUAAAAGAUAUUCAUACUGAUGCAAAAGUUAAUAAACAGUUUGUCAAAGAGA